AUGGCCUAUCCCGGCAUAUGGGCGAAUUCUUAUGGCCAGAUGUACCAAGGUGCACCUGGCAAUAAUAACAACUAUGCCCAACCAGCUCAGUACCCCCCAAGCGCUCAAACUCCGGGUCAGCAGGCGCCGAUCCAAGCUAAUGGUCAACCUGAAUACGGAGCUCAAUAUUACGCCGCCCAAGGACACUAUCCAAACUAUCACAAUAACUAUUACGUGAGCAGUACUCAGCCUGCAUUGACGGCUACUUCCGGAAGUCAAGUAACGUACCAGUUGCAAGAGCCGCCCCAAGAAGCAAUGGGAGAGAUAAAAUAUACAAUCGAUGAUACAGACAGAAGGCGUGGCGGUAAGAAAUCCAAGAAGCGGGAAGAAAACGGCGAGAACGAAAUCGACCGUGUUUUCAUCUGGGAUCUGGACGAGACGAUCAUCAUUUUCCACUCCCUUCUCACGUCUUCUUAUGCCCAGCGCUACGGAAAGGAUACGAAUGCAACAUUGCAACUUGGGCUGAGGAUGGAAGAGCUCAUCUUCAAUCUCGCAGACAACCAUUUGUUCUUCAACGAUUUGGAAGAGUGCGACCAAGUCCACUGUGAUGAUGUCGCUGCUGAUGAUAAUGGACAGGAUCUCGCGAAUUAUAAUUUCCAGACUGAUGGUUUUCGAACAGCAAAUGCAGCAGGCGCUAUCUGUCUCGGGCCGGGAGUUCGAGGAGGAGUGGACUGGAUGAGAAAACUAGCUUUUAGAUACCGAAGGAUCAAAGAACUCUACGACACCUUCAAGGACAAUAUUCCAGAGCUCCUCUCAAGUCCAGUUGGAGAAGCUUGGCGGCAGCUAAGAACGGAAAUUGACCAGAGCACGGAUAACUGGUGUGCCCUCGCGCUGAAAGCGCUUAGUGUCAUUCAUAAUCGACCUGGAUGCGUAAAUAUAAUGGUGACAACAACUCAGCUGGUCCCUGCGAUAGCGAAGUGCAUGCUGUACGAAUUAGGGCCUGUUUUCAAUAUUGACAACGUCUACUCCGCAACGAAAAUCGGAAAGGAGAGCUGCUUCGAAAGAAUUAUCCAGCGUUUUGGAAAGAAUGUCACGUACGUCUGUAUUGGCGACGGGAGAGAAGAAGAGAUUGCUGCAAAAACGCAUAACGUUCCAUUCUGGCCAAUCUCGACGCACAAUGACUUGAUGGCUCUUCACCAAGCGUUAGAGCUUGAAUAUCUGUAA